AUGGUUGAGCGGUGGGAAGCACAAGAGAGAGUGGCCCAAGGCUCUUGGAUAGACAAUCCAUCAGCCCUGGACAUCUACAAUGUGCAGUUGCAAAAGGGCAAGUCUCAUGAGGUCGAGGUCAACUUACUGCAGACAUCCAUCUGUCACCUGGGAGAAAGACUGCAGCUAGGAGCUGCCACUUGGCUUCCAUCCAGGAUCACCAUUGAGGAAAUACAGAUUGCUCUGGCAAUGGACAUCAGGAGGAUGGGAAGACACCCUACCAAGAAUCAGAUGCUGGAGAUAGGCCGUUGCCAGAUCAGGCUGCAACACUCCAUUGUUGAGUUUGUUGCAACAGCAGGGAGGUAUUUCAGAGAUGGCUAUGAUUCUGACGAUUGUAUCCCCAACAUGGAUGUCAAGUUCCUGCGAAAUGGCUGUGGAUCCAGUGAUGAAGACACCAAUGAUGAUGGAGCACUGGGAGUCCAUCACCCGACAGCUCUAUUCAGACCUGAAAUAGUUGUCAUCCCUCUCCCAUCCAACUUGGGAAUGGAGAGAUGUAGGGAAUUGGGUGUGGCAGGCCUGAUCAGACAAGAGAUCACCCCAAGGGAGGGACAGGCAAAUGACAUGCUGCACGCCAUCAGAGUGCACCCAGCCGACAAGGUGGUGCUGUUUAGGACCACAGUCAGGCUGGCCAAGUUGUAUACCAGGACCACCCAGGCUUGGGCGCAGGUCCACUUGGUGGAACAGGUGAUCAACCUCAACAGCAUGAUCUACAAGAAAUGCAGGGCCCAGCUCCAGAAUCUCAGGGAAGGCCAGCUGUUGCAAAAAUACUGGGAGUUGGAGAAAAGCCACCUCAAAGCCACCUCUGCUGUUGCGGAUCCCAAUGCCUGA